UGUCCGCCAACCAGUCGCUUGCCUGCCGUCCAAUCUAUAGUCGCUGAUACAACGUUGAAGGGAUUACUCAGAUUUUCGAACAAAGAGCUGUGCACAAUAAAGAAACCUCGGAGGCGGUCGCUUAAAAAUAAGAGCCAAAAUUACGAUAGUAUGUAAUAUAAAGUUCCAGUAUAAAAUGGAAAAUACACCUGGAAAUAUUCUUCGACAUCUACGAAGACAGAUAAUUGCGGAUUUAGACGUUAAUAAUGGCAUUAUAUCAUCCCUGAAAAGCGAAUUUAUUUUAAACGACAGAGAUAUACAGAAUAUCAACGCAGGGGCUGAUAACGAACAGAAAGCCAGUAUCUUGUUAGAUAUACUUUCAGGAUGCGACUUACGCUCCUUUGAUGUCUUUCACCAAGCACUAAAACGUCACUAUGAGUGGCUUAGCGACGCUAUAGAUAAUGUGCUUGGUAACUUCAAAGCAGAAACAAAUGGAGCAAAUUACAAGGCGCCUUCUAGUAUUCCACCCAUUUCUCCGUUGUCAGUUACCAGAGAACAAAAGAUUAUCCAGUUAAAGAAUGCCUUGCAGCAAUUAAGGCCCGGGGAUUAUAUUACGUUACAUGGCAUGAAAGGAUUUGGGAAGUCCAGUCUAACUGUUCUUACUUUGCAAGACAUAAAAUUAGUGACAAAUCUCUUCGCGUGCGAAAUUUACUGGAUCAAAUUUAUAUGUGAACGUUUCAUCGACGAAGAGAUAUUAAUCCAAUUAACCGCACUCUAUCAUAAUGUGAAAAACUUCGAAACCCAACCAGAACUAUUUACUCCGCUGAAGAAAGAUUCCUUGGUCCGGUUCUUGGAACAUCAUUUCAGCAAACCGGAGCAUCAAAAUGCCUUAUUAGUUUUAGACGACGUUUACGAUAAGAAGAUUAUCAAUGCUUUUGAUUUCAAAUGUAAGACUCUAAUUCUUACCACUGAUAUCGAUGUUUUGGAUGGAAGAAUUAGCAAACAAACGAUAAGGAUGGAUGAUGGAUUUACAGAAGCGGAGACUUUAGGCUUAUUCGCUCAAGUGUUGAACAUAAGCGCAGAUCAAUUGCCCCCAGAAGCGAAGAAAAUUCAUAGGGAGUGUAAGGGAAUGCCGUUGCUCAUAGCAAUGUUUGCGGCACAAUUUGAAGAGUAUAAAGAGGAGAUGAUAAUAGUAAAUGGGACCCGCGAUAGAUGGAAAUAUUAUUUACGAUCUUUGAUUGAGAAGGAUCCAAAGAACAAAGUGAUCAAAAAAUUCUUAGAAAAACAAGAGACUAUUUUUGAUAUGUGUAUUGAUCAACUGAAUCCAGAGUUGAAAGAGCAGUAUAAAAAAUUAGCAAUUUUCAAUGAAGAUGUUAACAUAACACGAAAGACGCUAGAAAUUAUCUGGGAGUAUGACGACAUGUUCUUCGUGGAACAGCAAAUGCAGGAUUUGUGCCACAAAUCGCUCGCUGCGAAAAAAUGGAACAAAGAUUCAAAGAGCUACAUUUACGGCGUGCACGAUUUGCUGUUAAGUCACUUACGGAAAAAAUUAAAGCCAGACGAAUUAACACAGUUGCACAAGUCGGUCAUCGAACAGUAUCGCAAAUAUUGCAACAAUGAUUUCUCAAAGUUGCCAAAUGACAAUUACAUAUAUUCCUACAUCGGCUACCAUUUAGAGCAAGCUAAGUUAUACGAGGAGUUUACGCACCUUUAUUUGAACCUGGACUUUAUUCAAGCUAAAAUAAUACACUCGGGUUUGAAUGACCUGUUAUUAGAUCUUAAGAAAUAUCGCUCGUAUAUAACACGCAACAUCAAUACUUACGAGGCAUAUGUCUCAGACUUGGAAACAUUUCUCCAAGAGCAAGUGAGCGUUAUAGCGGAGCAUAGGCACAAGAAGUGUCUUGAUAUCGUUCAAAUCGGCAUGAAUCACACACAUGAAGGCUACAUCAUGCAAACUGUGAGAGAUUUGGCUGCGAAGAAACAAAAAUAUCUAUAUUUAUCUCACGACAAAAAGCCCACAUACACCAAUAUGACGCUCAGCGAGGAAGUGUCGAGUGGAAUAUGUACGUCAUCUUUCACGGAUGAUCCUAACAUGAUUUUGACCGGGUACAGGUCGGGUAAAGUGGUUUUGUGGAACUGUGAGAGUAAGCAGCAAAUCGUCUACAAUAGUCACAGUAACAAAAUUUCCGUUAAAAAGAUUGUUGUAUCUGCUGAAGGUGACUUCUUCCUUACGUUAACCGACAAUGGCGUGGUAAAAUUGUUUCGUUUGUACUACGAUGAACAAGAUCACCCGUAUCACGUACACUUGGGCAGCCCCAAGGAGAAGCAAAAGAGUUGGGUCGGCUUCUUUACGAACGACAAUAAGCAAGACGAUAGCUUAUUGGAAUUAUCAAUUAAAAACGAGAUCAUAUUGGACAUGGUAUUUGGAUACCAAGACAAAUUGAUUGCUACGUGUACUGACCAAGGGGCGGUACAGAUAUGGAAUCGAAAUGGUGAAAUUGUGUCUUCCAUAAAAAGGAUAAAAUCUGAUUCAAUCACAAAGAUAGCAUUCACUGACGAGGGUACAUUGUUACAUGUCAUGAAUGAAUCAAAAGGUUCUUUUUACGUGUACUCUAGAAGCAGUCAUGAUCAGAGCACAUACGAAUAUGCUUGCUGUUAUAAUUUGCAAUUACAAGAUAGACAAGUUAUUUAUUUCCAUAACGUGCCGGAGCAUGAUAAUUCUUUAAUGAUUGUUACAACCAAAAGAGCUCUGUAUAUAAAGUGGAAUGAACAGUUGGUAUGCAACUUUAAGAAACAGGAAAGGGCAUAUGUUGAAAAUGACACAUUAACUUUUGUCUGUGCCACUAUCACCAAUGAUGGCAAGUAUUUGAUUCUUGCUGACUCCGGUGGUUUCGUCAACGUAUGGGACACGGAUGUUGGCUAUCAGCCAAUAGCAAUAUACAAAAAUCGUGUCACAUCUCUGGAUACUUACUGGUUCAAGGACGAAUAUUAUCACCUUAUAUGCGGAACCGAAAAUAGUUUGCUACAUAGAUGGAAAUUACCUGUACACGAUUUGUCAUCGACAUUAGUAAUAAGGAAGGCCCUGUUUGACGCAAUCGUUAAACCUAACGAUGAAAUGGACAUUAUAGUGAAAGAAAACUACACGAACCACAUUAUGGUAUUGCAUGGGAAAACACAAAUAGCGGGAUUCGUGUAUAAUACCUCAACAGAAGGGCAGAUAUCGAACUUGCAAUUAUUUUCUGAUGGAAGCAAGGUAUUGUACGUCAUGGAAAAGAAUUCCGUGUCGUACAGCAACAAACUCAUGUUGUUUGAUAUCAAAUCUGAUAAAGCAUUUGCCAUUAUGGAAUCAUCGUUACAUCCCAUAAGAUUCGUAAUAUUAAAUAUUAACAAUAACGACAUAAUCGUCUGUAGAGAAACAAACCACAGUUUGAGAGUAUGGCAAAACACUAAAGUAUCUUAUAUGGUGAAUAACACAGGACGAGUUAUGUUUAUCCACAAAUUGAACGACGAUCAUGUAAUAACGAUCUCGCAGAAUGGUGUCAUACUGAUCUGGCAAAUCGACCAAACAGUCUGGCAAACAAAAAGUCGAAAGGAAAUUUCUAACUCGGCGGAUACGAAUAUCACAUUUAGUUGUCUGAGUCAUAAGAGGACUUAUUUAGCAAUCUCAAGGGAAUCACAUGAUCUAAUUCUCUUCACUUUUAAUGAAAACAAAAACGUAUUACCAACACGUAUAGAAGCGAUCUAUUAUUAUAAGCAUAAUUUCGUACAGAAAAUGACAUACUGUGACAUUUCACAGGACGAAUUGUAUAUUGCCGUUGGUUUCGAAACGGGACUUAUUUCUAUUAUCAACAUACGAACAAAUACGGAGCUACAACAACUCAACUUUCACAACAGUUCUAUCAAACAAUUGUCUUGGGGCCCGACUACUUUAGACGCACCGAUUUUACUUUCAUUAGCAGACGAUGAGUUAGCUUGGUGGAACGUCUCUCUGCAAAAUGAUAAGAUCAAUGUGAAAAAGAGAAGUCGAAUGGGUAUUAUUCACAGCAGGAGCACUCCUUCGAUCAGCGCAAACACAUCUUCGACUCAACAAAUACCUAACAGCCGAAGCUUGGAAUCCAAUUUACAACAUAACGCGGAAUCAAACGCAGGCACUGCAAAUGGCAUUAAUUGCAUGUAUAUAAAUUGGAAGGACAAAGAAGGACGAAAUCCGGAACAACCAGCCUUGCUAGCGGUUCUCGAACUGCCACAAUGCCGUACAACGAAAGUAUGUUUCUCCCAAAAUUUCUCUAAAUUCCUCACGGUUGAUAUUUACGGAUCCGUGAGUAUAUUUAAACCGUUUAACCAUACUUAAUAAAAAAGGCAGUCUAUCUCAAAGGUGGACUGCUUAUAACAUUAGAAUGCAAUUCCUUCGGAAUGUGCAAUUAUACAUAUGUGAUAACAUUCUGCAGAGCAGGAUGCAGAAGCAUGAGUAUAAUUUUGAGAUAUAUCUUGAAAUAUAUAAACAUAUGUAUAUAUAAAGACAUCUAUAUAUACGAUUAUCAUAUCGUUAAAAGAAAAUCUGGAAAAAAAAGAUAAUUGUAUAAAAUAAUUAUAUAAGAUAUUACAUUAAGAUAUACGUAUCAAUACGUUAUCUUAAUGACAUCAAAAUGUUGUAACACGAGUUACCACAUGUUACCGCGUAUGAUCAAACUUGUAUAUAUUUCGAUUGUUUCAUUUUGAUACUUUAACCAUGUACGCCACUGCCAUCUGCAUUUAUCAAAAAAUUCAGAUCCGUUUUACCAUUUAUAUGUAACAAAUAUAAAACCAUUUUUCAGGCGUAUUUUUCUCGCGAAUUUCAGGUUUGUAACUAAAAAGCAGGAUACAAGGAACACAUGAAAAUGCAUUUAUAUGUUCCUUAUAUGAAAGCAUGUGUUUCUUGUAUAAAUCCUUCAUGUAUUUGUGCCAUGUAUAAUAUUUUUAGAAAAAUUUCUCUAGCUGCCAAUUGUACAUACAUGACAGAUGUAUUUUUUACGACAUUGUAAACAAUAAUCGCAAAUACUUUUUGGUAAAUUCUACAUUACUCUUUGAUAAUGUAUUAUUUCAAGUUUUGGAAAAUAUUUAAUCGAUUGAACUCAAUAUUUCACGUAGUUAGCACAAUUUUAUCUCAGUUGAUCGUUUUUUUUUUUUUUACUUA